ACGAUGACGAUGACGAUAACGUUACGCGAACGAUCACGCGACGACCCGCUGCGUUGCGUCGGGUCGGCGGUUUCUGUUUUGCUGCACGAGAACGCGCGACACUCCUGGAAAAUAUUAUUAACCCUUUGCGAUCGUGUUGUCGAGUCCACCUCGACAUUGCGUUUUGUUCCAACUGAUUCUAUAGGCCUUUACCUGUCGAUAGUACACUGUAAGUUGGUUGUUGCAUUAAUUGAAUGCGAAAUAUUGAAGUAAAACACGCGGUAUUAUCGCGAAGUAAGCGAGUUUUUACGUAACUAAACGAAAUUCUGUAUUAAGGCUCUCAAACAUUCAAUCAACAGGAAUUGUGACCAACAAUAGCCGCGCAAGGAUGUUGGAAGGUAGCUGAUCCCGAGUCGAAAUUUCAGUUUUACUUUGGGCCUGAACUUUCUAACAUCUUUACAUUCUGAAGGAUCAGUAUAUAUACACAAAGAAACUGAAAUCUUACUUAGGAGGACUUCUAAAUAACAGCUCAGAUAGCACAUGUCCAUGUCAAAAACUGGGAUAUAAGAUCUUUUUAAGACAUCUUUAAGCCUUAAACUUAAAGACGUCUUAUGUCCACAUGUCAUACCCCUUGUCCACAGCCUUGCUUUAAUCUUUAAGCUGUAAUAAAUUGACCAACCACAGUCGAUUAUUUUAAAAAUAAUCAACUGUGGUUGAUCAAUUUCUUAUGGCGUAAGAAUUAAAGCAAGGUUGUGGACAAGGGAUUAAAGUCGACUUAAAGACGUCUUAAAGACGUCUUAUGUCCCAGUUUUGGACAUGUGUGUUGUCUGGGAGAAAACGCACGAAACACCACCUGUAGGUUCUAAAGAAGACUCUGAGUAAAGCUGAUAGAUUAAACGGAAUCAAAAGAGAUUGAUAUUGCGAUAUUAAUUGAUUGAGGUUUUGGAACGUCAAACUAGAGAGAGAUGUUAAAUGGACUGUUGAGGUCGAAAGUAGAAUCAACAUUUCGACCUGGCAUGCCUCACAUACGUUUAAGACCGAGGAGAUAUCGCGACGCAUACGAUACUAACGAUAAAAGGAGAGAAACGAAGAAAGAAUCGCCGUCUAUCUGACCACGGUUACUACACCGCGCGUGGUACAACGUCGCGUUGUAUGAAGAUAGCGAUACUUAUCGUCCGCGACUUUCGCCCUCACUUCUUUCUUUCGUUCGGUCAGUAUAUCGUCGCGCGCCUCGAUGAUGUGUCAAAUCCGCGGGACUCACGAGACGCCCCGUUAAUCCCCGGGAAAUCGCCCGACGGACGACCUAUCCGGAGGACAAAUGGCCGAAUUGCAUCAACCAAGUGGCUCGUGGACGGCGACGUCUUCGCCGGUAUGGAACGGACGCUAUACCUGAGCCUCGCGGACAACGAGGUGCCGUCGAUACCCAGGCACAUCUUGUCACACAUGUCGCUCCUAAUGACCCUGGACCUCAGCAGGAACCGGAUCAGCCGCAUCGAUUCGGACGACUUCAAGUACAAUCCGAUGCUGCAACAUUUGUCCAUGGCGGGGAACGCGAUCAUCGAGAUGGCCCCGGGCUCGUUGCCGCCGCUAGUGAAGCACCUGCACGUCGGCAGAAAUCACCUGAACAGCUUGAAUCGCACUCUUAGAGAUCUGAAUCAACUCGAGUGGUUGUUCAUUAAUGCUAACGAGCUCACGUCACUCGACGGCGAGCUACCGUCCUCCGGACACAAUCUCAAGAUGCUUUACGCCGUGGAUAACAAGUUGACGCAUCUGCCGGCCGAGUUCCGUUACCUCCAUCGUCUGGAGAGCCUCUUCCUCCAGCACAACAAGAUUCGAAAUCUCGACGGCACUCUGCAGAAGGCGAGGGGCCUCAAGUUCUUGGAGCUCUCGUACAACGAGCUGCAAGAGUUGAACGCGGACGAUUUCAUAGAAGCCGAGAUGUUGGAGGACCUCGAGCUCGGCCACAACUCCCUCAAAUCGCUUGGCGGCGCGGACGGCGACGGGAACGGUAGCAGCGCCCUUUACCCUCUCAGGUCACUCAAGUGUCUGAACCUGACGCACAACGAGCUACGCGAGUUCUCCCUGACGUCCUUGCGCGGUCUACGCGAGCUCAGGCUGCUCGACCUGUCGAACAACCGAAUCGCCAGACUGCACAGGGGCAGGUCUUCCUCGGAGAAUCUCGUGGAAGAGGAAGGCGAGGAGAUUGCAGGCGGCAACAUUCAGGACAUAUGCCUUCAGCAUAACGAGCUGCGCAGCUUGGACGGCUCGGUGUUCCUCGGUAUGAAGGAGCUGCAGAGACUCAACCUCAGUCACAACGCGCUGGGUCCUACGAUCGGGCCCCGCGACCUGCACGGUCUCGACGGGCUGCGUGUGCUUGAUAUCUCGCACAAUCAGCUCACUACGCUUGAGGAUACCUCGGAGACGUGGCUGCCAUCCUUGGAGGAGCUGAACGCGUCGCACAAUCGCUUGGUCACGUUGUCCGGCCGCGACUUUCGCGGUUUCCCGGUGCUGUGUUGGGCCGACGUGAGUGUCAAUCAGAUACGCACUCUUAUGCCGGAGCUAGUGGCCAAUACGCGGUGCACGAUUCACGGAGUCCCCGACGUACUACGUAUAUAUCUUCAAGAUAAUCCCGUGCUGUGCGAUGCCGGCCUGGCCGACCUGACCGUCGCGCUCGAAGUAAAUCACGCCAAGGUUUAUGGGAUCGGCAGCGAUUGCCCAACCACGACGACAUCGGCGCCGACGGUCGAGUUGACGUCGGUGAUGCCGCCGGCGCCGUUACCGCCAACGCUGCUGUUGGCCGCUGCGGCGGCCGCGGCGGCCGCAUCUGGCGGCAACGUGUCCUUCGCCGCCACCCUCGAGUAGGGGGUUGUGCGUCGCGACCCCCCCGGUGGUGGUCCCCCUUCGAGAAUAGUCGCGCGAACAAUCACAUCGACGAACGCGGAAUGAGAAGACACUGAAGCAAAGGGAAAGAGACAGAGAAAACUGAGGAGGCAGGAGAAGUAGAAGAGAAAUUCGCGGCGAAGCAAGUCGGAGAGAGCUCGCGGCUCGUUUGUUUGUUCGUUCUUGCAGAAGACCGCGUGGAAGGAUCGUGGCGAGGAUUCGGCUGGGAGAAAUCGGCGACGCAUCAUCACGCGUUGUUGUUUUCGUCACGAGAGGGAUAUGCGAAGAGAAAAGAGGAAGAGAUCCACCUAAGCGCGAAAGGAACGAUCGUCGACAGUGCGACAUGCCGUCUCUCUAGACACCCACACUAGUACGUAUCGCGUGUAUAUCGUGCGUGAAUGUAACAAGGGCUCGGCACUCCAAGUAUCCGCCCUCGGGGAAACUCGAGUGCGAUGGACGAGACCCUUGCGCGCUCCUUUAUACAUUGUAAAUAGUCUCUAUCAGCGGAAAGUUCGCUAUGCCCAUUCGCAUACGUGGUAAGCAGUCUUUAAUUUAGUGUUCUUUCUCGUCACACGCACAUACAUACAUACAUCGCAUGGAUAAGGAAUAGGAAAUAUAAUUGGCGACGUGUUCGUGCGUUUCUCGAACGGAACACCGUCAGCUCGUUCGCGGAACUCGCGACGCCGGCCCGCCGAUCAACUCAUGUUUCAUACUCGCCUCGUCGUCGUGUGUCUUUUCGCGAAGCAUCCUCGCGACGUCGCUCUCAGCGAGACACUCGUCAGAUCUCCGGCUGGCCGCACGAUGUUCCACUGUGUGCGAAUAAUUCGCCGAGUAGAUUUCGGUCCUCGAUCGAAUUCCUUCGAUGGACGUGUGUAUAUGUAAAUGGAUUCCCGGCGGGUCAAUGGAGCAAAUGAAAUCUGUUAACUUAUGCCGUGGCACGGGCAGAUUGGCAGUGGGCGAUCAAUUGACUCCUCCGUUAACUCGUGCCAAUAGGGGCGAAUUGUUAUCAGCGUGCCUCCGCGCAUACAUAAUAGAUCGGCCCGUUUCUGUGCGCAAACGCGCGAGGAAGCCCAUGCUCAUGCAGGUAUGAACGAUUAAGGUGAACGCGUGAUAAUUCGCAGAAGAUUCGCGGAAAAAAGCGGCGUGCGCGUACAAGAAAGAGAGGGAGGGAGAGAGGGAAAGGGGAGAGAGAGAGAGAGAGAGAGAGAGAGAGAAUACGUUGCUCUCCUCAAGUUGAAAAUCCGUAAUUAUUAGCUCGCACUAACCGCUAAUCGUCGAUCUAUAAAAUCGCAGGAUCGUGAAGUAAUUUCUUCCGCCUGAUUCUCUUUAAACGUACAUAUAUUGCAGAAAGGCAGCCAAUAAUACGACUGCUAGCUUAAUUAGCUAGAACUCAGAAUCAAAAUAAUUUAUCUGUUAAGUAUUUUAAUAACGGAGGAAAUCCUGCGUCGAGGACAUCGCGAAAACCGCGAAGGAAAUGAUUAAGUAUUACGAUAUCGGCUAACAACGCGCACUUGAUGAGAGCGAGCGAGUGAGCGAGUGUUCGCUCAUACUACAAAACACAUAUCGCGGAAAAUGAUCAAAAUGUCAGUUCGAGAGUUCCACACGUCGUAUUGGUCUUGCUUAUAAAUGAAUCUCUCGCGAUGUCUGCAAGCGCUAUUACGUACGGUAGGUACCAUUUAUACAUAUGUAUAUGUACAUAUAUAUAUACUUAUAAAAAGACAAAGCAGAGACCUGUUUAUAAUUUUAGUAUCUAAGUUAUUUAUCCGCACUGUGAUUCGCAAAUCGAUCCCUUUUCUCCGAUUAUCUUUACACCCGAAGUCCCGAAAGAUCGUAAGAAAUUCUUAUGAUAAAAACUACACAAACUAGGAAAACUAAAUGAGGAAAAAAAGAAAAGAAUAUAUCGUGACAACGGCGAACGACAGUACGAUCGAAUGAAAAAUUGUGCCGAUAUUUAGGUAGCGACGUGUGUGGUAUGUUACAUAUCUAAUAUGUAUAACUUUUAUUGUAGUAUAGACGUCACAACUUUUAUUAAUAAAGACUACUCUCGUAAGGAGGGAUAUAGAA